AUGCUGUCACUCCUCCAGCUCGCUGCACUCAUUUUCUACUCAUCUUCAGCUUCUGGUUCUGGCUCUGGUGUCCUUGAUGACACUUUCGAUUUUGACCAGACCCUUAAAGACUUAAUCAGAUGUUGUGGCAAGAAGUCCAUCAAGGGCCACGAGCUUGGUGUCAUGUUUCAAGGCCUCUGUGUCCAAUUUGCGGCAUUUCAGGGCGAGAAGAAGUGUGUUUCAAUUGCAGAGGCACUUUCUUGCCAUGCUCUAAUUGGCGCGUGGGACAAGCCAAAGCCACAGCUUUUGGGCCAAGCCAGGCUAGAACAUCACUACUGGUGUUGUCGCAUUUUGUGCUAUGGUGCUCGAGCGCGCCCUCACAUUAAUUUCAGUUGGGCCCCUUACAGCAAUUUGCAAAAUGGUUGGCAGUACCAGACACAAGAAAAGACUUGA